CCAUGAAAAGAGGUAGUAACUGAUCUUUUCUUUCUGUUGAAGAAAUCCUCUCUCUCCCCGCACCGACACAACAUUACCUCAUCUUAUCCGGGUAGCGAAACCUCCAAAUCCAAACCAAGUGUAAAGGAAAGUGUAGCCGUGUCAGCAAGUUACCACUUUGCACAAAGAAAAAAAUAAAAGCUAGUAGUUAUUAUUAUUAUUAUUCAAACAAAAAGGAGAAGUUGCCAACUUCUUUAGUUUCGAUUCAAACACUUAGAAAAAAGGUGAAACUGAAACGGAGGAUCAUUUUCCCAUACUUCUAGCUACAUCUUAGAUUAGAGUUAAGAGAGAGAUUGGGAGAAUGAGUUACUCCAGGAUAUUGAACUCUCUAUUGUUAGUAGUGUUAUUGGUUACAUGUGCAAGUGGGGAGGACCCUUAUAGAUUCUACACUUGGAAUGUCACCUAUGGAGACAUCUAUCCUCUUGGGAUGAAACAACAGGGAAUAUUGAUAAACGGGCAGUUUCCAGGGCCACAGAUCGAAUCUGUGACCAAUGAUAACUUGAUCCUUCAUGUUUUCAAUAGUUUGGAUGAACCUUUUCUUAUCUCCUGGAAUGGGGUGCAGCAGAGGAGGAAUUCAUGGCAGGAUGGAGUGUAUGGUACUAACUGUCCUAUUCCACCAGGGAAGAACUUCACUUAUGUUCUUCAAGUGAAGGAUCAGAUUGGUAGCUACUUCUACUUUCCUUCCCUUGCAUUCCAUAAGGCAGCAGGGGGUUAUGGUGGAUUCAAAAUUGCUAGCCGCUCAGUGAUUCCUGUGCCUUUUCCUCCUCCAGCAGGAGAUUUCACCAUAUUGGCUGGAGACUGGUACAAGAGAAAUCACACUGAUCUGAGGGCCAUUCUAGAUGGGGGAAGUGAUCUUCCUUUCCCUGAUGGCCUUAUCAUCAAUGGUCGUGGUUCCAAUGCUUACGCAUUCACAGUGGAUCAAGGCAAGACUUACAGAUUCAGGAUAUCAAACGUUGGGCUCACAACUUCCAUCAAUUUCAGAAUCCAAGGGCAUAAGAUGCUGCUAGUUGAGGUGGAAGGAAUCCAUACUCUCCAAAACACUUAUGAUUCCCUUGACAUUCAUUUGGGGCAGAGUUACUCGGUGUUAGUAACUGCUGAUCAACCACCUCAAGACUAUUAUAUUGUGGUCUCAACACGUUUCACCUCCCAAGUGUUGACUGCUACCUCCAUUCUUCAUUACAGUAACUCACCUACAAGUGUUUCUAGUCCUCCCCCAGGAGGUCCAACUACUCAAAUUGAUUGGUCUCUUGACCAAGCUCGCUCUCUCAGGAGGAAUCUGACAGCAAGUGGACCAAGGCCUAAUCCACAAGGAUCCUACCAUUAUGGUUUGAUAAACACAACUCGUACAGUUAGACUUCAAAAUUCUGCAGGAAUUAUCAAUGGCAAGCAGAGAUAUGCUGUCAAUAGUGUUUCCUUCAUCCCUGCUGAUACACCGCUUAAACUGGCUGAUUACUUCAAGAUCCCAGGAGUGUUCAACCUUGGAAGCAUCCCAGAGAACCCUACUGGCAGUGACUGUUACCUCCAGACUUCUGUCAUGGCUGCCGAUUUCCGAGGUUACGCGGAGAUCGUGUUUGAGAAUCCUGAAGACACUGUCCAGUCAUGGCACGUUGAUGGCCACCACUUCUAUGUUGUUGGAAUGGAUGGAGGUCAAUGGUCAACUUCAAGCAGGUCAAAUUACAAUUUGAGAGACACAAUCUCUCGUUGCACAGUUCAGGUAUAUCCCAAGUCAUGGACUGCAGUAUACAUGCCUUUGGACAAUGUGGGAAUGUGGAAUGUGAGAUCAGAGAACUGGGCUCGUCAGUAUUUAGGGCAACAAUUUUAUAUUGGUGUUUAUUCCCCUGCCAAUUCUUGGAGGGAUGAGUACCCAAUACCAAGUAAUGCUUUGUUGUGUGGCAGGGCUAUAGGCCAUUGACUUCGGUCUUUAUAAAGCCACAAAGGUUGAGAUCUUUGUUCAACAAGAGUCAUUCAUUUCUACUCAAAAGGGUUAUAACUAGAACCAACUUCGUUUGCACCUGUCUAUUAUUAGCAAUUUUAUAAUCAAAUAAUAUGACUACUGUGGGCAAUAAAAACAUUCACCUUCUCGAGUGUUAGAA